AGCCCUGGCCCGUCUCUCUUCUCCGCUCGUCUGCCCUCGGUCCACUCUGCCGAUGGGCCCGCCCUGCUCGAGAAUCACCGAGACGAUGCGCGAUACCAAAUCCGUUGCUGCUUCGUCGCAUCUGUGUGCUCUCUCGGGCUUGGCUCUGAUCGGGAUUUUCGUCUCGAAAGUCGGAAUUUUCGCUGGGAGAUACACCAAGACGGGCUGCAUUUCUGGCAGCUGCAAUUCUUCUUGGCAAAGACCAGCCAGUGAUCAGGUCGCAUGGUCACUCCAUGGAUCAUUUUCUUGGGCCAAGUAAUUCGUCGUCGGAGACCGAAGAUUUGUGAUCCUAGCGGGAUUUGCAGAUAGCGCGAAUUGCAGGGUAUCAUCAACUGGAGUGACGUGCUGAAGGAGAUGGUUGGAGCUUUCUUUCGCGAGGAGACGCCAAAUUCAGGAGACUCAAAGGAUCCAAAGGAUCCGACCUAUACAGCCAGUUUCGUCACCCACUGUUUAGGCUUAGCCUUGGCAACAAAUCACUCUAUCGAUCUCUACAGAUUCCUUGAACCAUCAUGCCCUGCAAUCUGCAUAUGAGAUCAGCGUUCAAACUCGACCUACUGCUGCUGCUCUGAGUUCCACGUCAUUCCCCAGUGAAUCCAUCAUCACAGAGCGGAAUGUCGUCCUCGAUGGACAGACCUUAAAUUCCACGUAAAAUUGUUCCAAGUUCCACACUUUGGACUGGGAGCAGAAAUGAAAAGCAAAAGCUGACUUCCGAAUGUGAAUAAAUUUGUUUUCGGAAAAUAGAGCAGAAUGUAUGCGAGUCCUGUACAGAGGAAAG